AUCCGCAUCGUGCAUGUGGCGGCGAUGCUUCUACGGUACGGCAUGCGGUGGUUUAUCGCGGUGGUAUUGUUAGCCGGCUGCAAACCGCAUAUAGGCUUUUCGUGCUUGCCGAUUAAAAAAGUGUGUAGCGAUCUCGGCAUGUCGCGCUGGUUUGCGACAGCAGUGGAGGGGAAGUGUCACGCGAGGUAAAGACAGCAGCAUCCCGUAAUGGCGCCCAGAUUUCAGGUGAAGUCCAACAUGAAGAGUAUGGAGCAGGAGUUGCAGUGUCCUGUGUGCAAGGACAUUGUGAAGCAGCCUAUCAUACUUCCCUGCCUGCACAGCGUGUGUCUCAUGUGUGCCUCCGAGGUGCUGGUUCAGAGCGGGUAUCCCCAGCCCGAGCUCCCGCCGGAGCCCAACUCGCCCGCUUCCACCCCCAACACGCGGUCCCCGCGGCAGAUGCGCAGACCCAUGCCCAAGUCUGACCGCGUGGACCGCCUGUUGCGCUCAGGUUCUGGGACGUACCCAGGCCGCAGGCGAAAGGAAGGCCCACCACCGCUCAUGCUUUUUCCUUGCGCCCCCUGUGGACGAGAUGUAGAAUUAGGAGAGAGAGGACUGGCUGAGUGCAUGAGGAACCUCACACUGGAGAGGAUUGUAGAAAGGUACAGGCACACGGUGAGUUUGGGCAGUGUGGCUGUGAUGUGUCAGUUCUGUAAACCCCCACAGGCCCUGGAGGCCACUAAAGGCUGUGCUGACUGCAGAGCCAGCUUCUGUAAUGAGUGCUUCAAACUUUACCACCCCUGGGGCACUCCACGCGCCCAGCAUGAACAUGUUCAGCCCACCCUCAACUUCAGGCCAAAGGUGUUGACAUGCCCAGAACAUGAUCAGGAGAGGCUGCAGUUUUACUGUAAGUCAUGUCAGAUGCUGCUUUGUUCACUCUGCAAACUGCGUCGAAUCCAUGCAGGUCACAAGAUCGCGCCGGUCACCCAAGCCUACCAGACUCUUAAGGACAAGAUCACUAAGGAGCUGAACUACAUCCUGUCUAAUCAGGACACGGUGUUGACUCAGAUCACACAAUUGGAGAAUGCCAUCACUCAAACUGAGGUGAACAGCGUAUCUGCCAAAGAGCAGCUCUCUCACUGCGUGAAGGAGAUAAUGGCGUUGCUGACCGAGAGGCAGACAAUGCUGGCCCAGGCUCUGGAAAGCUCACGGCAGAGAAGAGCAGAUGCUUUGGCCAAUCAGGUGGCUGAAAAACGUAGCCUGCUGGAGCACGCCGGCUUGAUGGCUUUCACUCAAGAGCUGCUCAAAGAAAACGACCCAUCUAGCUUUGUGCACGCGGCCAGAAUAACACACAACAGAUUGGCCCAGGCUAUUGAAUCUAUGCAGCGUUUCUCUCUUUCCGCCGAUCCUUCAUUCCGACACUUCCAGCUUGACGUUUCCAGAGAGCUCAAACUCCUCACAGACCUGAACUUCAUUCAGGCCCCUCACGCUCCUGUGAUCGACACCCAGCGAACCCUCGCCUACGACCAGCUCUUCUUGUGCUGGCGGCUGCCUCAGGACUCCACUCCUGCCUGGCACUACUCUGUGGAAUUCCGGCGGCGGGGGGUGGUGCCGGGGCGCGGGCUAGAGGGGAUUCAUGGGGGAUUGGCCGCUGCUCGUUGGGGCUGGCAGAGAUUGGAGGAGGUGACCGGGACCUGUGCGGUGAUUGACAGGCUGGAGAUGGACAGCGUGUAUGUCCUGAGGGUGAGAGGCUGCAACAAGGCCGGCUUUGGCGAGUACAGCGAGGAAGUAUAUUUACACACACCACCCGCUCCAGUGUUGAAUUUUUACCUGGACUCUCGUUGGGGUCUGCACGCGGACAGACUGGUGGUGAGUAAGGAGCAGCGGUGUGCUCGCAGUGUGCCUGGUCUCUCCCUGCUGCAGGCGGCAGAUCGGGCCCUCACUUCCUGUCACCUGACAGCUGACCUGCUUGUGGGAGACGUGGCCAUAACGCAGGGCAGACACUAUUGGGCAUGCUCAGUGGAGCCUGGCUCAUAUCUGGUCAAGGUUGGAGUGGGCCUGGAGUCUAAACUUCAGGAGUGGUUUCAUCUGCCUCAAGAUAUGGCUAGUCCAAGAUAUGAUCCAGACAGCGGCCAUGACAGUGGAGCCGAAGAUUCGUCAGAUUCUCCUCCCCCUUUCUCUUUCCUCACAAUGGGUAUGGGCAAGAUCUACCUGCCCUCCUCCGCCAACUCCCAUCACACCAACGCCAAUUACCGAGAGUCUGGCUUCACUAACGGCAACGGGCCUUCGUCGCCGACUGGCGUCACCUAUCCACUGCCUCCGAGACUAGGAGUGUGUCUCGACUUUGAGAAGGGGCGUGUUACGUUUUACGACGCCCACUCUCUCCGCCCACUAUGGGAGGGGCCUGUGGACUGCUCCGCCGUGUGCCCCGCUUUCUGUUUCAUUGGAGGCGGAGCUCUGCAGCUACAGGAGCUGGUAGCCAACCGUAAUGCAAAUCAAACCCCUGUAAGACGUGUCACUAUUCAGUCACGUGUUACGAAACUGAACUGAACUGAUUCAUCACCGUUUUUAUAAUUCGAUUUUAGAGACAGUUGUUUUUAAUUGCACCCAAUGUCAGUCUCUGCUUAUUUCCCUUUUUGUUUUGAGAGGCCUUUAUUGCUGCACUGCUUGCUGAAUUACUGAUGAAUUAUUCAUUCCGAUGCCACCUAUAUACCCAAGAAAACUAUUUAAAUGCAUAUUCACCUAUAUACACACACACACACAUAAUAUAUAUGCAAAAAUAUAUGUUUCCCAACUUAUAAUCAGCGACCUCUCUGUUCUAAUGUAGGAAACGUGCCUCACAGUUUUUUUAAAACUAGAUUCCUCUCACACUGCGGAUAUUGUAGUGAUAUAAUAUACCUUGUAUAAAAGUGUUUUUCGUUUAUUAAUCUCCAAACAGAGCAGAAAUUCCAGACUGUUACAGAAGGCUUCGUUUUGUAACCCACAAUACAAUCGUAAACAUCUGCUCUUUAACCUUUAGCCAUGUGCUUUCAGGACAGACCUGUCAAACUCUCUCAGCUGUCAACUGGAGCAUUUAAAAAGACAUUUACUCAACAUACAGUACGUCUAAUGCCAGACCAAAUGCUUCUCGCUGCUGUUUUUGCCUUAGAUGUCUAAGAAGAAUUUUGAUUUGUUCAAAUAUGUGACUUCUAGAUUGCAUUGGAUAUAUAAAAGGAUUUAUUAAGGCACACUUACCUUAUAGCUUACACUAAUUGUUGUUUUGGAUCCCCCUAUGCUAUCGAACGAUUGGAAAAUAUUUAAAGCUACAUGAAUUAAGCGAAGCUUCUUCUUAAGAAUGAAUCGUCAAUGCAAUAGAUUGGAAGUGCACUGCUUUGCUCGGUGUUUAUGCGAUUGAAAGUGUAUGUGUGUGUGCACUAACCCCACCAUUAUAAGUCACCUUAUGCAAAUUCAUACCGAAGUUCGUAGAGAAUAUUUUUUAAGAGUUUGACUCAUGCGCUUGAUUUGAGUCCAGCCCAAAGCUGUGCUUGCCUGGAAUGGCUUUAGUGUGUAGUUUGAAACUUGUUGGAGAGAAUGGUGGCUUUUGCCUGCUGGUAAUAAAUAAUUCUAAUAAAUAA